AAGAAGAGCAGGGGGCAGUAACAGCGGAGAAGGGGUUGUUAGGGUUGUGAGGGCAGAGGAGUGGAGCUGCGUGCGGAGCUGAAGGGGCGUCAGUUGAUGUUGCUGUUUCUGGGCCGCGCGGUCUCGCUGUCGUUUGCGCACAGACUCCAUAGCUGCCGAUCUCCGUCACCGGCGAGGCCCGUUCUGCUCGGCUCCGUUCUCAUUCAACUCGGAAGGAUCACCGGAGUCACACACGGCGCCGUCUUUGGUACAGCAACCAGCCAACACACAGGAACCAUGCCCGAACGGAGGCCCUUCGUGCGGCUACCGACUGACGUCUACCCCGUCAACUACGGGCUCUCCCUGAAGCCGGACCUGAUCGACUUCACGUUCGAGGGCAAGCUGGAGGCAUCGGUGGAGGUUACGCAAGCUACCAACCAGAUUGUGAUGAACUGCGCCGACAUCGACAUCAUCACAGCGUCUUUUGCAGCACAUGGAGGAGAUGAAUUAAAUGCUACAGGCUUCAACUAUCAGAACGAGGAUGAGAAGGUCACGCUGUCCUUUCCUAGUGCCCUUCAGAAAGGCUCGGGGACUCUGAAGAUCGACUUUGUCGGGGAGCUGAACGACAAAAUGAAAGGAUUCUACAGGAGUAAAUACACGACUCCUGCUGGAGAGGUGCGGUACGCCGCCGUCACACAGUUUGAGGCCACAGACGCUCGCAGAGCUUUUCCCUGUUGGGACGAGCCCGCCAUCAAAGCCACCUUUGACAUCUCUCUGAUCGUCCCCAAGGACCGGGUAGCCUUGUCAAACAUGAAUGUCAUCGAGCGAAAGCCAUACCCCGAUGACGAGAACCUGGUGGAGGUGAAGUUUGCCACCACGCCCAUCAUGUCCACCUACCUUGUAGCGUUUGUCAUCGGUGAAUACGACCACGUGGAGAGCCAGUCCUCGGACGGCGUGACGGUGCGCGUCUACACUCCGGUCGGGAAGGCAGAACAGGGAAAGUUUGCUUUGGAGGUGGCCACUAAGACUUUACCUUUCUACAAAGACUACUUCAACGUUCCCUAUCCACUGCCUAAAAUUGACCUCAUAGCUAUUGCUGAUUUUGCUGCUGGUGCCAUGGAAAACUGGGGCCUUGUUACCUACAGAGAGACGGCGCUGCUCAUCGACCCGAAGAACUCCUGCUCCUCGUCCAGGCAGUGGGUGGCUUUGGUGGUCGGACACGAGCUCGCCCAUCAGUGGUUCGGAAACUUGGUCACCAUGGAGUGGUGGACUCACCUGUGGCUGAAUGAGGGCUUUGCGUCUUGGAUCGAGUAUCUGUGCGUGGACCACUGCUUCCCGGAGUACGACAUCUGGACCCAGUUCGUGUCUGCAGAUUACACCCGUGCGCUGGACCUGGACGCUCUGGACAGCAGCCAUCCCAUCGAGGUAAAUGUGGGCCAUCCGUCAGAGGUAGACGAAAUAUUUGACGCCAUCUCCUACAGCAAAGGGGCGUCUGUGAUCCGGAUGCUGCACAAUUACAUAGGAGACGAGGACUUUAGGAAAGGAAUGAACGCGUAUCUUCUGAAGUUCCAACAUAAAAACGCAUCGACAGAGGACCUGUGGGAGUGUCUGGAGCAGGCGAGCGGGAAACCCAUCGCUGCCGUCAUGAGCUCCUGGACCAAGCAGAUGGGCUUUCCCAUCAUAGCGGUUGACCAGGAACAGCAAGGUGAGGAGCGCAUCCUGAAGAUCUCUCAGAAGAAGUUCUGCGCCAGUGGACCACACAACAGUGAGGAAUGUCCAAACUGGAUGGUCCCCAUCAGCAUCUGUACGAGUGAAGACCCCAAAUGCUCCAAGCUCAAGGUUCUGCUGGACUGUCCGGAGACCACCGUGUCCCUGAGCGGCGUCGGCGCAGACCAGUGGGUCAAGAUCAACCCCGGCACGGUGGGCUUCUACCGCAUCCAGUACAGCUCGUCCAUGCUGGAGAGUCUGCUGCCGGGCGUCCGAGACCUCAGCCUGCAGCCCGUGGACCGGCUGGGCCUGCAGAAUGACCUCUUCUCCCUCUCUCGUGCAGGGAUGAUCAGCACGGUGGAGGUGCUGAAGCUGAUGGAGGCCUUCAUCAACGAGCCCAACUACACGGUGUGGAGCGACCUCAGCUGCAACCUGGGAGUGCUGUCCUCGCUGCUGUCCCACACAGACUUCCACGAGGAGAUCCAGGAGUUCAUCCGGGACCUCUUCACCCCCAUCGGCCUCAAGCUAGGCUGGGACAGCAAGGCGGGGGAAGGUCACCUGGACGCUUUGCUGAGAGGCCUGGUUCUGGGGAAGCUGGGGAAGGCGGGACACAAACCCACCCUGGAGGAGGCCAGACGGAGAUUCAAGGACCACGUGGAGGGGAAACAAGUUCUGCCCGCAGACCUGAGGAGCCCGGUGUAUCUGACGGUGCUGAAACACGGAGACGGCGCCACGCUGGACACGAUGCUGAAGCUCCACAAACAAGCGGACAUGCAGGAGGAGAGGAACCGCAUUGAACGAGUUCUCGGCGCCAUUUCUGCUCCUGAUCUCAUCCAGAAGGUCCUCAGCUUUGCUCUGUCGGAAGAGGUCCGUCCUCAGGACACGGUGUCGGUAAUCGGCGGCGUGGCGGGAAGCAGCAAACAAGGCCGAAAAGCUGCGUGGAAGUUUGUCAGAGACAACUGGGAGGAGCUUUACAACCGCUACCAGGGAGGCUUCCUCAUAUCCCGGCUCAUCAAGCUCACCGUGGAUGGGUUCGCUAUCGAUAAAAUGGCUGCUGAAGUCAAGACUUUCUUUGAGAGUCACCCGGCGCCGGCGGCGGAGCGCACGGUGCAGCAGUGCUGCGAGAACAUCCUGCUGAACGCCGCCUGGCUGAAGCGCGACGCCGACGACAUCCACCAGUAUCUACUGCGGCGCAAAGCCCCCCCCGUCUGAGCCGCGCCGCCUCCUGCAGCCCCCCCAGACCCGCGGACCUCCCAGCAUCAUAGCUGCCUCGACCCCAGCCACCCACCCUCCUUCCCUCCCCCACCACGGAUGAGAGCAGCGCGCUCGCUGCGGGCGCCAUUUUCUGAAUUUUAAUCAACCAGGAGGGGGCGGAGUCUGAAACGAGGAGGUUCGUGUUAGUCCAAGCAAGAAUGUAGUUUCCAUUCUGCCCCCCUCCCCCCCGCAGGCACAGCACUUCCAUAUGACCCCCCCCCCCCCCCCCUCCUCUGCCUUGUAGUUGAAAAAACUAUGCCCCCCCACUCCUGUGUGAAGGGAGGCUGAAGCCUAGAGUCCACCCCCCCUUCCCAUUAGGGGCAUUGCAAAGGAGCUGGGUUAAUAACAGCAGGGUGUGGUGCCCCCCCCCUGCGCAAUGGCUGAAAAACGGUUAAGUGGCGGCGAGCUGCUCCGGCAUGGUACUACGGUUAGAUUUUUUAAUGCAAACAUCUUCAUGAUUUUCUUUAAAGUAAAAGAGAAACAACCCCCCCCCCCCCCCCCCCACAACUCCCCGCUGUGCCCCCCCCCCCUUCCCCUCACUGAUGACCUCUGGAGUUCUGAUCCAUAAAAACUGGGACCCCGGUUGGUUCUGACAUCAGAUGAAGUCUCUGGAGUUCUCUCAGACCUGGGGGGCAGUGAGGAGGUUUGGGCCUGUUCACUCCAAACGCCUCGGCCCGGUCUGGUCCGGCCCGGUCCGGACUCCGACCCCACCGUCGAGUCGGAAGCCUUAAAGCGGUCUGCAGGAGACGCGGCGGCGAGAAGACGACUGAGAGCUUCUGCUCACCUGGAGAACGAGGCGAAAACGUCAGAAUCGUGGUGGAUUUUAGACCCCCCCCCCCCCCCCAACAUUGCUGUUGUUUUUCUUUUUUCUUCUUUUCGUUUCGGUUUCAAACUGAAGUUGGUGUUCAUUAAAGGUAAACUAAUUCUAAAGAUGUUGAUGUGAAAUCAGUGGAUCUGGAGUGAGAUGUGAAGAUGAUUCUGGCAGCAGAGCAGGAAACGAGCUUCAGACAGACCCCCCACCCCCACCCACCCCCCGUGUCGGCUCAGCUGUGCAGACCGCCGUGUGGCGGCGCUUUCAGAUGUUUCAUCUCUCAGAAGAGUCCGGUUUGCGUUGACGUCCGUGAGGAGAAGCUUUCUGUGGCCAAGGCAAAUGUAAAUAUGCAGUCUAAUAAAGUUCAACCUGAUUUUACGGCGUUUGUCCUGACGGGACGUUUCUCAGGUCUUCCAGGGUUUUCUGGUGUGCAGCUCGGUGGUCGGACCUGUAAACUGUGAACAAACGCUGAACCACAGCUCCGUGUGAUGCAAUGAAAUGUCUGUCAUCCAAGUAAAAUGUGAUGUUUGGAAAAUGGAAGCAGAGCUUUAGUAACGGAUGUUUUCGUUUGAUCAGAGGAGAUGAUUGGCUUCAGCCUCCGCGCUCAACGACACGCUGAAGCUGGAGCUUCACUUAGGUUUUAUGCUACCAAAGAAAAUGGAGUUUUAUUUAUUUUAAACAUACACACAAAAAUCUGAAACUUAUGUGCGUUUUUUCUGUAUUUUAUUUCUGUAAAUUAUUCCGGUCAAAAAGAUUCAGUGUUUUGUUCAUAACACCAAAAGAAAAAGAAAUCCAGAUUUCAAUUAAAUCAAUUAGAUUUUAAAUCAAUUAGAUUGUGUUUCCAUAAAGUUUUUUUUUUCUUUUGUGUAUUUAUAACACACAAAAAAGGAAAAAUCACUCCGAACACAGACCAAGUAUGAUUUUUAAAAGAAGCUUGACUCUUUUUCUUGUUAAUGAUUUCAAAUUUUAGCAAAUAGUUUGUUAAUCAACAGCUGAAAAUGGGGGGAAAAAAAUAAGAUGUGGAAUUUGCAGCAGAUUUUUUCUCUUUGGUUCAUAUCCAAUAAUUCCAUAUCAGCUCUUAAACAUGAAUGCAUCUUUUUACAGUCUGGAUUCUUCACAUUUGGUCGUCUAAACCGUUUCAUUUCUUUAAGUCCUGAGCUUUUUGUCUUUAUGACAUCCUCUGUAUUCUGCUGUAUGUGUGUGUUUUAAAAUAAAUGAUUAAAAAAUC